ACCUUUUGAUUGGUUCGCAACCUUGUCUCUCUUCCCUGCCCAGGCUGUUUGCUGAGUUUCGUCGCUGGGCAACUCCUCGAAGGGCGUUCCCUGGGCAGUGGCACAGUCAAUGGUACGGUGGCCUGGAGUGAUAGCAUUUUUUGGGAGCGGGUAACUGGAGUCCGGCAGAGGAUUCGCUUUGUUUUCUAACAUAGCUGGGAAGAAUCGUGGUAUGGAGAAUGGUAUUAAGGAAAGCCAAGUGAGUCUGAGCAAAAAUGGAGCACACACUGUCCUUCCCACUGCUGCGGUGUCAGAGGGAAAUAAAAAUGGCAAAGGAGUCAUAAACUCCUUAAUGUCUGGAGCUUUGGCUGGAGCUGUGGCCAAGACAGCAGUUGCUCCACUGGACAGAACCAAAAUUAUAUUCCAAGUAUCUUCAAACAGAUUUUCAGCAAAGGAAGCUUACAGAUUAAUUUACCGGACCUACCUCAAUCAGGGUUUCCUGAGCCUAUGGAGGGGCAAUUCUGCAACCAUGGUGCGGGUCAUUCCAUAUGCAGCCAUACAGUUUUGCGCUCACGAACAGUACAAAAAAAUUCUUGGCAGAUACUAUGGCUUCCAAGGAGCUGCUUUGACACCGAUCCCUCGCCUCCUUGCAGGAGCCCUUGCAGGUACGACUGCUGCAAUGUUAACCUACCCACUGGAUCUUGUGCGUGCACGUAUGGCAGUGACACCAAAGGAAAUGUAUAGUAACAUCAUCCACGUCUUUAUCCGUAUGUCAAAAGAAGAAGGCUUGAAGACCCUGUACCGAGGGUUCGCUCCCACAAUCCUAGGAGUCAUUCCUUAUGCAGGAAUCAGUUUCUUUACCUACGAGACUCUAAAGAAAUCGCAUGCAGAGCAAAGUGGCAGGACCCAGCCCUCCCCUCUUGAACGUUUGCUAUUUGGAGCCUGUGCUGGACUCUUAGGUCAGUCUGCUUCCUAUCCUCUGGAUGUGGUGAGACGGCGCAUGCAGACUGCUGGUGUUACUGGACAUACCUAUGGCUCCAUCCUUGGUACUAUGAGGGAAGUGGUGGCUGAAGAAGGUUUCAUCCGUGGUCUGUAUAAAGGGCUCAGCAUGAACUGGGUGAAGGGUCCAGUUGCAGUAGGCAUCAGCUUUACCACCUUUGACCUAACGCAGAUUCUUCUGAAAAAGCUCCAACAAAUGUCCAGUGUUCAGAGGUAGAGCAGGGGUGGUAUUAAAAUAGUACUUGACUGUACUAGAUUUCUUUAAAGAAAUGGAUUGGUGCUAGUCUAGUUAGCCAUUACAACAUGGCUACAGAAAUAAAUAUUUAGCUAUAUUUGCCAAAACAGGUUGUAACGUUGUCAGUGGUUGGAAUGGGGGUGAAAAAGUAAAGCCUUGUAGUGUGCCAAUCAGUGGAGCUCUUUGAAGAGCACCUUAUUACUUAUUAGCACACUCACCGGAGCACAAACACGCACAGCGAUAAGCAUUACCCCAUCCCCACCAUGAACAAAGCUGCUAUUGCCAUCUCAUUUUCGUGCCAGAGCUAUGUGCUUUAGCUUUGUCCGUAAAACUCCUCUAUGGAAUUUCAGUCACUACUGCACAGAGCCACAAAGUAUUACACAUGCUUACAAGAGAGCCCCAGCGAAAUAUUUAGAGUGGAGGAUAGUUUGAAGAAGUGGGCUUAUUAAGGACCAGUGUCC